AUGAUUGAGAGGCGUUCCAUUUUGCGUCUUACGGAUGUUUCAAGUCUUGCUGAACUUGCACACAGAGAAUACCAAGCGGGAGAUUAUGAACGGGCUGAACAACAUUGUAUGCAAUUAUGGCACCAGGACCCGGAAAAUACAUCUACUUUGCUACUACUCAGUUCUAUACACUUCCAGUGUCGCCGGAUGGAAAGGUCAGCCUACUUCAGCCAGUUGGCUAUCAAACAAAACCCGCUAAUGGCAGAGGCGUAUUCCAAUCUCGGGAAUGUUUUCAAAGAGCGAGGGCAGCUGAAAGAAGCAAUUGACAACUACAGACACGCACUAAGAAUAAAACCCGAUUUUAUUGAUGGAUACAUUAAUUUGGCUGCUGCUUUAGUUGCUGCUGGCGAUAUGGAGUCUGCAGUAAACGCUUAUGCAACAGCACUGCAGUACAACCCAGAUUUAUAUUGUGUACGAAGUGAUCUGGGAAACUUACUAAAGGCACUUGGACGAUUGGAUGAGGCGAAAUCAUGCUAUCUGAAAGCGAUUGAAACCUGUCCAACAUUCGCAGUGGCUUGGAGCAACUUGGGAUGUGUGUUCAAUGCUCAAAAUGAGAUAUGGUUGGCAAUCCAUCACUUCGAAAAGGCUGUUACUUUGGAUCCUACUUUUCUGGAUGCUUACGUCAACCUUGGAAAUGUGUUAAAGGAGGCUCGUAUAUUUGACCGUGCAGUAGCAGCCUACCUAAGAGCCUUGACAUUAUCUCCAAAUAACGCUGUUGUCCACGGUAAUUUGGCAUGCGUUUACUACGAGCAAAAUCUUAUCGAUCUUGCCAUCGAUACUUACAAGAGAGCCAUUGAAUUGCAGCCCAAUUUCCCCGAUGCUUAUUGUAACUUGGCCAAUGCACUCAAAGAAAAGGGAAAGGUUUCCGAGGCUGAGGAAUAUUACAACACAGCCCUGAGAUUGUGUCCUACACAUGCAGAUUCUUUAAACAACCUAGCGAACAUCAAGCGUGAGCAAGGAAAAGCGGAAGAGGCAAUACGGCUAUACGUUCGAGCUCUUGAGAUAUAUCCUGAAUUCGCAGUAGCUCAUUCUAAUCUCGCAAGCAUGCUUCAAUUACAGGGAAAAUUGCAAGAAGCUUUGUUGCACUAUCGGGAAGCCAUCCGCAUAUCACCAACGUUUGCUGACGCUUACUCCAAUAUGGGGAACACCUUGAAAGAAUUGCAGGAUGUUCAAGGUGCGAUGCAGUGUUAUCAAAGAGCUAUUCAGAUUAAUCCUGCCUUCGCUGAUGCUCAUUCAAAUCUAGCUAGCAUUCUGAAGGACAGUGGUAACCUCGCCGAUGCUAUAACAUCCUACAAGACCGCCUUAAAAUUAAAACCUAACUUCCCAGAUGCGUUUUGCAACCUUGCUCACUGUCUGCAAAUUGUAUGUGACUGGUCUGACUAUAAGCAUAGAAUGAAGAAACUUGUUUCCAUGGUACAAGAUCAGCUGGAAUCAAAUCGCCUGCCAUCUGUACACCCUCAUCACUCCAUGUUGUACCCACUGACGCAUGACCAGCGCAAAAAGAUUGCCGGAAAACAUGCUUCGCUGUGUUUGGAAAAGGUGUCUUUGCUGCAUCACCAACCAUUUAGAUUUAGCAAAAAAUUACCUGCUGGGCAACGUUUAAGAAUUGGCUACGUUAGCUCUGAUUUUUGCAAUCAUCCAACUAGUCACUUGAUGCAAAGUAUUCCAGGUCUGCAUGAUCGAACUAAAGUCGAGGUUUUCUGUUACUCACUCGCACCUGACGAUGGCACCAAUUUCAGGGCAAAGGUCGCGAAUGAAGCUGAACACUUUGUUGAUCUAAGUGGGAUUCAGUGUCAUGGAAAAGCUGCAGAUAAAAUCGCAAGCGAUGGAAUUCAUAUUCUUCUAAACAUGAAUGGCUAUACAAAGGGUGCACGUAAUGAAAUAUUUGCACUAAAGCCUGCACCGAUUCAGGCUAUGUGGCUAGGUUAUCCUGGCACGAGUGGUUCGACAUUUAUGGAUUAUAUCAUCACGGAUAUGGUAACAUCUCCGAUGCACUUAAGCCACCAAUACUCUGAGAAGUUGGCAUACAUGCCCAAGACAUUUUUUAUUGGGGAUCAUCAACAGAUGUUUCCUCAUUUACGCAACCGAGUUAUUCUAGAGAGCGCUGAAGAUGCCACCGCAGGGCGCCGUGUGACAGAUAAUUCCAUCGUUGUUAGUGGCUUGGAUAUCAAACCUCUACUACAAGUUGCUUGUGUGCGCGAAGUCACUUAUGGAGGUCGGUUGGUUGAGAUUCAUGGCAGCCAACGUAAAGAGGUUUCUUACUUCACAAAGCUCACCGUGUUAACGAUUCCCUCGUUACAGCCUAUACAAAACAUGAUUCGUACAAACAGUCCGUCUUGUACAAUUAAUGGCGUAACUAUUCAUAAUGGUUUGGUGACACAGCAAACACAAUCCAAAGCUUCUGCUGGUGAGGAAGUGCCUCGUGAUCUCAUUCUUACUUCCAGGCAACACUAUGGCUUGCCAGAAGAUGCCGUCGUUUUUUGCAACUUUAAUCAGCUAUAUAAGGUUGAUCCAUCAACUAUGAGAAUGUGGGUUGAAAUUCUGAAAGGUGUCCCGAACAGUGUGUUGUGGCUGCUACGCUUUCCAGCCGCUGGCGAAGCCGGUGCACUUGCGGCGGCCUCAGAAAUGGGUCUUCAGCAGGUGAAUCGUCGAAUUUUAUUUAGCAACGUUGCGCCAAAAGAGGAACAUGUUCGGCGUGGUCAGGUUGCUGAUGUCUGUCUGGACACGCCUUUGUGCAAUGGACAUACUACUGGGAUGGACGUUCUGUGGGCUGGUUGUCCUGUAGUUACCCUUCCACUCGAAACAUUGGCAAGUCGCGUUGCGGCCAGCCAGCUUCACACGUUGGGAUGUCCUGAGCUUGUGGCUAACAGUCAGGAGGACUACGUUCGAAUUGCAACCAAGUUGGGGAACAACCGAGAAUAUCUUCAAGCAAUGCGGGCUAAAGUUUGGAAGGCAAGAGAGUCGUCUGCUCUUUUCAGCUGUCGCAGCUACACUGCUGACAUAGAAGCCCUUUAUUUUCGAAUGUGGCAGCAGUAUGAAGCCGGCUCUAUUGAACACAUCGUAGAAUGGCCGUCGAAGUUCAAUAAGGAGAGUACUUAG